CUGGGUUUUUAGGGUCCUCCCAGGCAGCGCCGUUUUAGCGCCUCGGCACAGAGCCGCCGGGCUGCGAACAACAGCCGGCCCCACACACACGAGAGCAUUGUCCUCGCCCGUGCUCCCCAACCGGUGCCGAUUCUUCCGGGCACGAGGCUGGCUUGGGCAAGCCUCAGGCCUCCUCAGCCUCCUGGGAUCAGCUUCUUUGGUGGCCGAGAAACGGGCCUUUCGCUGCACACAAGCGGGCCAACACUGUCAUCUAGCGGCCACUCACAGAUUUCCCAGCGAGGCCGUCUGCCCCGGAGACAGGCUGGAAUUACACCCGCCGCGUUGCAAGGGGGCAGAGACCACGUCUCCCGGUGGCAGCACGGGGACUCCGCAAGGCAGAGCCGCCUGGACACCUACCCACCACGACCCCUGCCUCUCGGCCCGCGUCCCAAGCCGCCGGCAUGCUCCCCGGAGAGAUUAACCCUCUCUGUCCCGCUCCUUUGGGGGGGCCAGGCGAGGCAGAGCGCCCCCAAGUCGCGCCACACAGCCGCGCGGCAGGUGCCAGCGAGGCCGGGUAGCCGCCGUGGGCAGAGAGACGUGCUGCCGUUCCACAGACCGACGGACUUGCCCUGACACCUGACACAAAGCAAAGGGCGGCGGCGGAACGGCUCGCUUGCAAAGAGACUCCGGGGGCUCCUAAAAGGCCUCGGCAAUUCCCAGGAGAUAGCUGAGGUUGGCCUCGUGCCAAGACCCCCAGGUCACGACCGGCAAAGAAGGAGGCAGCAAUGGCGAGAGGCACCCACAAGACUUUGGAGGUCUCCCCCCUGCCCAAGGCCAAGGGCCGAGCUAGUGAUGGGGAGAACCGCAGCCAUGCUGCCUCCGCUGGCCCCCUGUUUGGAGAAAGGAGGCCCACCAGCCCCUGCCUUCACGUCUGUGCCCGCAACUCAGGACGCUUUCCCAAGCUCCAGUCAUCCCAGGCGAAGGCCGGUUAAUACAGCCUGACAAAGCCCCGUGUGCCGAGAGACACCGUGCAAAUGGGCAGCGAUGGCUUUGGCCACAGGCUGCUCCGCCCAGGGGUCACCCCGCCAAACGCCAGGCUUUCCUUUCUCUGGCAACUGCCUGCUGGGCCUAUAAUUACAUGGCAACGUGGCUCCAGGUGCUGGAGCCAUUUGUUUUCCUUUCUGGCUCCAUACACCUUGCCUCGGGACGCGACCUUCAGCUUCUCCAGCGGCAGACGAAACUCGUUGCGGCCCGCGGCAAUAUCCAGCUCAAUUGUCUUGGCCUUCCUGCGCCCGCCACACCGGGAGAGCGUGUCCGCUUUUAGGCGAGCUUUAUUUCACUCGCUCCUUCGGCCGAAUCCUUUUGUGACCCACACCCUGCAGCUGGCGUUUCUCCCCAGCUCCAUCAUCAUAGCCCGAUAUUUCCCCAAUAAACAAAGUCGCCUAAUGGCCUUGCUCCCAAGACUCCUGUUAAAAGCUCAGACGCGGGGCAUGCAGAAAGGUGCUGGGCACCAAGCUGUCAGUCAAGCGCCAUGUCAUUCUCAGGCCCGAUACGCAAAGCGGGCCUUGCGUUCGGCUCCUAACCCCCAAGCACGCCAACGAGCCGUCCGGAGCUCGCUAGGAUGGACUUGCCCUGCGCCCCAGCUGCCAGCAAACUGUGGAGCCAUCUCGACGGCAGACGCCAACGGUGACGGCACGUGAGAAUCGCUACCCGGGCCCGGCGCGACAAGCCGAGGGGACAUCCGCAGCACAAUUGCUGCCCGCCAUAAACCUAUCGGAGCUGGCCCCAGGGCCAGGAGCAGUGUGCCGCUGGUAGCAUGGAGCACAGCAUGGGUGGCAGCCCUGUGCCCGAGUCAGUCAUGCGGGUGUCUAGCGCUGCGGCGACGCUCCUCGGCACAUGGGCAGCAGCAUGGCCCGACGCUUCCCCGACUGGGUUGCGGCUCGCUUCUAGCCACAGGAGGGAGACUCUCUCCGCUUUCCCUCUGGCCUCGUCGGUAUGCACCCUAUGGCAGGCGGGUGCAACAGCCAUCCCCUCCCCUGGCACUUGGGCCUCAGCCCACCCUCUCCUCUUGGCUCUGCAGCUCCCCGCAGGGGCCGCAUCAACCCCAGGACUCCAGAUAGAAGCUGGGGAUGUGAUGCAAGGCUGGAGAGCAGACGGCGGCACCGAGAAGAGCCUCAUGGGACGUGCCAACACCAGGCCCUGCUUGCAGACGCCAGCCCGGCGCAGGCACAGCUGCCAUUUCAAGGGCACGGGCCCCCGGAGCCAGCAGCAGGGGCCAGGUCAGAGGCCCCCUGGCACGGUGUCAAGAACAUUAGACAGAGCUCUCCUGAAAUCUUCCCUCUCGGUACCAGUUCCCAUCUGUAGAGGAGCUCAUGGUACCUUCUGCAAGCUGCGGCCCUCCCCGGGGUGCUCCCCGGUGCGUCCGCACCCGAGAGGGGAUGGAGCCACCAUCCUGCGACCGGCCUCGGCUGCUGCGGGGACAGGCAGCAGUGCCAAAGGCUUGAGGAUGCUUCCCGCACAUGGCGCGAGCGCCUGCCGCCGAUCCGCGCACAAUGACGCACGCAGCUCGUGCUCGUGCUCGCGCAGGUGCGCCUCACGCCUCUCCUUCGCCGCUCCCCAACCCCUCACGGUCGCCGGUGCGGGAGGAGGCUUUCAGACGGCUCCUGAACAGCAGAACGGAUGCUCACACAAAGCACCAACAGGGCAUGUUCCACUCAGGGUCACUUGCAGCACGCAGGCAGCACCUGGAAUAAAAUCAGAAGAAACACCUGCUGAUGAAAUGCAAGCGCAGACUUCCCAACACGAGGGCCCCAAGUUCAGCAAGAUGGUCUCUCUGCUGAGAAGACCGUGCAUUUACGUUAGGGAGAGAGUUCGCCCCCCCGGCGUGGACACAACACACUUCAGCUCUGCCCACCAGCGUUCCCCGGCCAGCUGCAUCACAGACUCGCGGGAAAGGGGCCAGCGGGGCCCUCUGGAGGUCCAGCCCCUCACUCAAGGGAGGGCCAGCCCGCGCUAAACCAGGCAAGUGAGGUCCAGCCUGCUUUUCAGAAAAGGAUGGUGAGCCACCUCCUCUCCGGGUAGCCUGUUUCACUGCCUCACCGCCUCUCUGAUCAAGUUCUUCCUCCUCUGCAACCCACAUUUCCCCUGCUGCAAUUUAAGACCAUUGCUCCGGGUCCUGGUCCCGGCCGCCACAGGGAAUAGAAGAGGGAGGGAUAGAACAGGGGGGGAAGGCGGGGGUGCGGCGCUCCAUGUCAAAGCACAAUUCACAUCCUCAACGAGCA